ACAGAGGAGGGAGGGAGCGAUCAGUUGAAUGUAAACCUUCACGCCGAUGGAGAAGCGGCCAACAUCAGGAGCAGCGUCGCUCAGCCGGUCAGCGCUGCAGUUUGCUUUCUCCAGCGCGGAUGAAAAACUCCGGGAGACCUCGGCCUCUAAUGCGGAGCAGCUGCGUUAAGGAGGGGACAGACUUCCAUCAACUGUUUUUCCUUUGCCGCUGGCCGGGUCGCUGAGCUGCGCACACACUGUGGGCUUAUCCACCCGGCAAGAAGAGGGGCGGUAAACCGACUUUCUGGUGUCCUAGCCUGGCACUUUUUUCCUGCUCUUAGAGAGAGGCCGGAUCACGUGAACAGGUGACCUCAAAGCUGCGCGUUAUCUUUCUCUUAAAAGCCUCCAGGAGGUUCAAGAGCAGGGGAGAGGGUAAGGACAGCAAGAAUUCAAUUUCAGCUCAACAUUCAGCUCUACUUUGUUGAGCUCAACUUCCAGCAACAUUAUUACUACUAUCAUUACUAUUACUCCAGAGUUUGUUAGAUAUAUUCCAUUGGUGUUUUUGUGAUGAAGCACUAGAUGAAGGGACAAAGAGAAACCAGACAAACUGCUUGCAUGGCUGCAAGAGUGUUAAUUGUCCCGGACCAUGAUGCUGUUUGCCUCCGGUGGGUUCAACCACAAAACAACAGCAGGCCCCAGGCGGAGAGUUAACUUGUCACAGACACUACCUCGUCAAAUGACUCUGUCCUGACUCACAUAGGAGUCAGGGGCUGCGGCCCAGAGCAUGGGCAACUCCUCCAGGAAGGGAGAAGGAGAAGAAGAAGAGGAGGGGGGGAAGGAUGGCGAGGAGGCAGUGGUCGAGGCAGAGCUUCCCCUGGGGGUGGAGGAGUUGUUGGAGAGUGGAGACCCUGUGCUGGACUUGAGCUACCGUAAAUUCAAGCGGUUACCGUCACGUGUUUGUGGACUGAUGCACCUGGAGAAGCUGUAUGUUUGCGGAAACAGCCUGCGCACUCUGCCGGUCGGCAUCUCCCAGCUGCACGGUCUGCGGAUACUCGCCCUCGACUUCAACAAGAUGGAGGAUGUUCCAUUGGCCAUCUGCCAGCUCACUAACCUCACUCGCCUCUACCUGGGCAGCAACAGGCUGAUGAGUCUCCCACCUGAACUGAGGAACCUGCAGAGUCUGCGCUGCCUGUGGGUGGAGAGCAACUACUUCCAGAGAUUUCCACGGGAGCUCUACAAACUGCCCCACCUCAAGUCCCUCCAGAUCGGGGACAACCGGCUGAAGACGCUGCCUCCUGACCUGUGGCGUAUGGAGGCUUUGAGGGGAUUAUGGCUCUAUGGGAACCGCUUUGAUACCUUUCCCAAAGUCCUGCUGCGCAUGGAGAACUUGGAGAUCUUAGACCUGGACCGCAACAAGAUAUCGGAGUUUCCCAGUCUGAAGCGUCUCCGAUCCCUGCGCCUCUUCUCCUACGACCACAACCCCAGUAAGGACCCUCCUAAAGUGGGCGAGGAGGUGCUGUUAGUCGGGGAAGGGGCUGCAGAGCUGUUGGAGGCGCGUGAGGCCAGGAAGGAGAGGCGACGAAAAGCCGCAGAGAAAGAGGCCGAGGAGUUAGCCCUGGCAGGAGAGGAGCCGGUGAUUCACGGCAUCCUGAAGAACAGCAGCUCAAAACAAGCAACAGCUGAAGCUGCAGUGACCGUAGGGGAUGCAGAUGUCAAAGAGGAAGAGACCCUGGUUAAGGAGGAGGAGGAGGGGGAGGUGGAGCUGCCAUUCACAGACUACGAUGGAGCUGAGCUUGAAUAUGAUGAAGAGGGUGUUGAAUAUGAGACAGAGGAGCUGAUUUGUGAAGGAGAGGGGUUUGAGUAUGAGGGCGAGGAGCUGGAGUACGAAAGGACUCAGAUGGACUAUGAGUAUGAUGAUGGGACACGUGGAACUGGACACGGGGAGACAAGAUGAAUAGGCAUGUAAAACCCUCCAUACAUCAGGGUGAUCUGCAGGCAGGUGGAGGUGGAUGAUAGAAAAUCCACACAGAGUUUUUUAAAGAAGUUGACACAGGGUGAGUAUGGGACUUGCUUAGCUGCGCUGCUAAUUUCUAAUCUGUUAACUGUGAAAAUGAAGUUGGGCAUUAUGAUACUAUACAAUGACAGCACCUGUAACAUCUCAAUCAGCUGCAAAUUACCAAACCAGAGCAGGACUCAGUUGGAAUGAGUGUGUGUGUAUUCAGUGUGUAUGGCUGCUUUACAUGAGGGUUGUUUUCUGAGUGUAAACAGGAGACCCAGUCUUCCAUUAU